CCUUUUUAAAAGUAAGUUCCUUUCCAUGCUACGCUACGCACCUUUUCACCGGUUUUCCAUCUUCUGAAUCCCACGAAUUCCAAAUACUAGAGACACCUUACUUCAUUUUUUUUUUCCAGCAUCUGAGAAUUAGCAGUGAGUAACAAUUGAGAAUGAACAAAGGUGCAGCCGGAGGAUUAGGGGGCGGCGCUGGCGCCGGAAGCGGGCCCACUGCGGCUGCGGCGGCGGCGGCGGCGCAGAAGCAGAAGACUCUGGUGCAAAGAGUCGAAGGCGAUAUCGCCAACAUCGUCGACAAUUUCAGCCACCUUGUCAACGUUGCAAGGGUAAAUGAUCCACUAGUUAGAAAUUCACAGGAAGCUUUUAUGAUGGAGAUGCGUGCUGCUAGGAUGGUCCAGGCAGCUGAUUCUCUAUUGAAGUUGGUGUCAGAGCUUAAGCAAACUGCAAUAUUUUCAGGAUUUGCCUCUCUUAAUGAUCAUGUAGAACAAAGAAGGAUUGAAUUUAAUCAGCUGGCAGAAAAAACAGAUCACACAUUAUCCAGAGUAGGGGAGGAAGCUGCUGCUAGCCUAAAAGAACUUGAAUCUCAUUAUUCUUCUUCUGCACUGAAGACUAUGCAAAACCUGCAGCCAUAGUUAAGAAUCUAUCGAUGCAAUGAGCACUUAUCACUUGAUGGAUUAUGCUUUUUUUAGUGUAAUAGGUUUUUUUUUGGUUUAAAAUCGUUGUAAUAUCCUUGUUUGGAUUAGGAUUAAGAAGUAGAAACUGUUAUUUCUUUACCGAGGAAAUGGAAAGCAUGAUUAUAAUUAUUGAUAAGCAAGGAAUUUCAAAUGAUGUGGCUGUUGUAACAAAUUUCUGUUAUCUGAAAUCGUUUAAGACAUGUUUGGUGGUUAGGAUAUAAUAAGAUGGGAUAGAAUAAAAGGGGACAUUUUUAUAUUUUUUGGUA